CAGCGUCCGGGUGAACUCCUCGGAUCUUUUCCACCUGGACCGACGCCAUUGGAGCUCCCUCAGGGCCAGGGGCGAAUUUGGGGGGGGGUCCCAGGGGGGCCCCCGGGAAAGAGCCUUCCAUAGUGCUGACGUCAUCGGGGAGUACAUGGUGGUCUUUGGGGGAAACGUGCACACCCACUACCACGAGGAGAAAUGCUACGAGGAGGGGCUGCACUUUUACCACCUGCGCUGCCACCAAUGGAGCCACGGGCAGCCCCUGCACACCCGGGAUGAGCCGGGGUCGCCCGGGGGGGGUCGCUACUCGCACGUCUCGGGGGUCCUGGCCGGGCGGGUGCUGUUGGUGGCCGGGGGCUUCUCGGGGACCCCUCGGGGCGACCUCUGGGCCUACAAAGUCCCUUCAUUCGUCCUGAAUGAGGAUUCGAGCUGUGGAACCCCAGGGGCGCCCCCGGAGAGGUGCCCCCCCGGGCCCUGCCCGGGCCUUUCCCGCCUUUUGGGCGACUGCGAGUCCUGCUUGGCCUUCGGGGGAGGGGCGGGGCCUGAGAGCGAGCCACGCCCACCGCCGGGCCCCGCCCCCGCCGGCGGCCCCGCCCCCGCGGCUGGCCCCGCCCCCGGCGCUGGCCCCGCCCCCGGCGCUGGCCCCGCCCCCCCGCGCUUCGGCUGGUGCGUGCAGAACGACACCUGCGUGCCGCUGGAAGAGCGCUCCCGCUGCCGGGUGGGGCAGAUCUCGGGCACCCACGGCUGGUGGGGCCCCAGGGCCGAUUUCCUGACGGAGCUGGGCCAGUGCCGGACGCGCGGGGUCCCGCCCGGGCUGCACCUCCUCACCUUCCAGCACCCCAAAAACGACUCCCAGCCCGACAAGGUGUCGCUGAUCCGGAGUGCGACGAUCACUCUGACCCCCCCGGGGGACGCGGCCGUGGUGUUGCAGUUCCGGGGCUUCCUCCAUCCCCUGCUGGGCCCUCCCGGCCCUUCCGGGCCCGGCCCCAACGUGUGGGCCCGGAUCCAGCGGCUCUCGGUGGUGGCCAGGCUGGCCAGGACCCCCAAUUCCACGGAUUUGGAGGAGGUCGGCCGCUGGGGGGCGCAGCAGGAGCGCGAGACGCGGCCCCUGCGCCGGCCCCGGCCCGAGCGGCUCUUUGGCAGCGCCGAGCGCGGCAAUCGGUACCUGCUGCAGGUGGAGGCGACGCUGAACGCGACGGGAGGGCUCAGCGCCGAGCUCACCCUCACCUGGGACCGCACCGGGGUGCCUGGAGGAAGC